AUGAAAAUGUUCGUAGUAUUCUGUGCUUUGGUCGCGGCGGCAACUUGCGCGCCCAGCGUAGACCCCGAAAUCGCAGCAAGACGCGCAUUACCUGCGCUCGAACAUGAAGAGAUCCACGACGAAUUCGGCCAGUACGCACUGCGCUACGUCACAGCUGAGGGUACCGUGGUCUCACAGCGAGGAAAGUUAGUCCCCACUGCCAAAGGGGAAUACGUGCUUGUCACUGAAGGUGAAAUCUCCUACAUCGGUGACGAUGGCGAACUCUACAUCACCAAGUUCACCGCUGGACUCGACGGAUACCAUGUUGAAACCAAUCACCAGCCCAUGUCCAACAAACCAGAAUCGGUGGAUGCUAGUGCUCAGUGA